UAUAAACAAAACCCGAAUUGAAAAAAAAAAUCAGGGUCACCUAAUUUUCCGGAAAACUCCAGUGCAAAAUAAAAAUUUUCCACAGAUAUCAUCCAUUUUAAAAAAUCAUAACUCAAGAACGAAGCAUAGUACAAACAAUGUUUUUGUGAAAUCAUGAGCAAAUUUUCUCAGCAAUAAAAUAAAUACACAAAAUGAAAAUUGUUUUCCAUCAAUUGUUCAAAUGUUGAGGAAAACCAGUUGAAAAGUCGGACAACUAUUUACGAAGUGCGGAAAAAACUAAAAAAAAUGUCUUUGAAAGGGAAUUUUAUAAGCAAUAUUGUUUGAAAUUUUCAAGGUGUGUUUAAUUUUCGUUCCUGAGUAAUGACCAAUUUUGAUGAAAAUGUCCAGAUGAGCCGUUUCCUUUGAAAAUCAUAACUUAAGACCGAAGCAUCAUAAACACAAUGUUUUUUUUUGUAAAAUUAUUAGCAAAUUUUCACAGUAAUACAAAAAAAAAACACAAACUAUAUUUUUUUCCUCUGUUGAGGAAAACUGAUUGGAAGAAUCGGAAAAACUAUUUACGAAGUCCGGAAAAAAAAAUUUAAAAAAAAUGGAGAGAAUUUUAUAAGCUAUGUUUUGUCAAAUUUUCAAGACGUGAUUUUUUUCGUUCCUGAGUAAGUAAUGACCAAUUUUGGGAAAACUUCCAGUUAUUGGUAAUUUUCCAACCAUCUUGAUUACUAUUUUCAUAAAAUUGAUUGUUAUAUGACACAUAUGGGUGGGCUACAUGGUCGUGCGGUUUGAGGCCUCAGUCGUCUAGGCGUUUCGUAGGCCUCGUAGUGUGGGUUCGAUUCCCACUUCAAUCGGUGAAAACUUUUCGUUAAAACGAAAAAUUCUCCACUGGGCCACUGGGUGUUUCGUGUGUUGUCCGUUGUCUCAUGUUUGUGAUAGUUGAAGACGGUGCAGUGUCUUUGAUAUAAAAAUAUAAAAAUGAAAAAAAAGGCAUCUUGAAAAUUUCACAGAAUUAAGCUUAUAAAAUUCCCUUCCAAUUUUUUGAGAGUUUCCCGGACUGCAAAUAGUUUUCCGACUUUUCCACCCGUUUUUCAACAGUGGAACAAUUUUUGGACAAUAAUUUUCAUUUUGUAUUUUUUUUUAUUGCUGAGGAAAUUUGCUUAUGAUUUUACAACAAAAUUUGUCUACGAUGCUUCGUUCUUGAGUUAUAAUUUUUAGGUGGUAUCUGUGGAAAAUGUUUGUUUCGCACUGGAGUUCUCCGGGAAAUUAGGCAACACUGAUUUUUUUUCCAAUAUAGUUUUUAUGUAGGCUCAGUGUACCAGUUAUGGCUAUAGUACCUCAAAUUCGCCAUAGUUGAUUUUCAACUUUUAACGAUGCAAAUCAUCAAGAAAAAAUAUGUGAACAAUAGAUCACGUUCAUAACAGAUGAUUGCACUCAUUCAAAUUUCACAUUUUGCUCAAAUUAUGAUAGAAAUAAAUCAUUUUCCUUAAAAUUUCGGCUUCCUUGCACCCUAUUCCGCCAUAUUGUACCAGUUAUGGCAAAUCCCAUAAGGAAUGCAUGUAAAUAGUGCGAAGUGGAACCGAAAUUAAAUAGUAUGUCCUUAACUAGUACAGGGUUCCUAUCAUUGGCACACGCCGUAAUAAAUAGUAAAAGUGGGUUUGACUCAGAUUUUAUAUUUUUCCUGUAAAGUAUGAAAACAAAUCUAUCAUUUGACAUAUCGACGACAUUCGUCGGUCUUCUUCUUAUUUUUGUAGAAGUAGUUUUCCUUAGGUAGUGCGAUAACUGGUACAGGCACCCUAUAUGAGUCCUUACUUGUGAAAAAAAUCAUCAAAUUCUUAGAACCUUCGUACCAAUUUGUACGAUAACAAAAAAAAAUCCCCAAAUCCUAUUAGCGGAAAGUAACUUUUUUUCUAUUUUGCGUCACAUGUCUCAAUGGAUCACUAAAAUAACUAAAACGGCCGCUAUGAAAUGAACAGAUAGCGCUACCGUAGCCUCGUGUGUUUGACGUAACUCGACUGCUGUUACUGUGUUACCGUCCAUAUACGGUGGCGCUUUUGUAUUGAUGCGGUGAGUAGCGGAAAAGUCGGCUUCAAUGAUCCAUUGAGAUGAGUCAAUUAUAAUUAUGCAAUUUAUUUACAAAAUAUUAGUACCUCGACAGCUUUAUUAAAAAAAAUAAUAAUAAAAAAUAAAUAAAAUAAACAAAUAAAUAAAAGACAGAUAGAAAAUUUUGAAAAUUAUUAAAACACUGACCCUCCUUAUUACCUGUUGUUAGUGGAAUAAAACACAAUGACAAAAUAACUAAAGCUAGGCAAAAAUACUUACGCUACCCUACCAAUUGCUAUUAGGAAGAAUUUAGAAUAAACAGGUGAAAAGACGUUUGGCAUGCCGAUGCGAAUAGAGAAAACUGUUGGCUAUCGUUGUACCAGCGGCGUGACGCUUUGCGUGACAAAGGUCGCGGACCUGACGACCCGGACGAAAGAUAACGAUCGGCAGCGUGUUUUAUUGUUAUUGCUCACAAGCGUCGUGUGGAUCUAUCUCGUUUGCAACCAACGAUUAACGACCCUGCAUGCCAUAAUGGGGAAGUUAGGGAACUCCAACAGGGUGCUGCGCAAAAGCUGUAAUGACGAUUACUUUCUCGAUGAAACAUCUCUGUCACAACCAAAUUUAUAUCGUGGACUUGAUAUAGUUGCUGUGAUAGAUUACCGGCCAUACCGAGAACGAUUCAAUCCAUGGUAUCCUCAUGAGUACAUUACUGUCGAUGAUUUAAACUACUAUCGUAAACGUAAACCACCGGAUUGUUAUGCAGCUGAACAUCUUAAGAGUCACUUUUCGCUUUAUAAUCAAUCCGAACCUUCUAUACCAUAUGCCACGAGUAAAUCGGAAUACAAAGAACACUUUCAAGAGUAUGAUUAUAAAAAGCGGGCGCCGCUCAUUAGGAGACACACAACGCUUCGAAUAGAAUCAGGAAACAUGGAUAAAAAAUCCGAACAUCACUCAAAUUAUGUGGCGUAUACUACAGAGUCCAUUGCGAAAUCUCGCCCACCCUUAAUAAAACACAGUGAGAACCUUAAAACCUUUAAUGGCUCAAAAAGAACUCCUGAGCGAACCAAAGAAGCUAUCUAAAAUGAGUUUCAAAAAAGAACAAAUCCAACUUGGUGAACUAAGUUGUUCAGACUCGACAUUGCACAAUAAAAAGAAAGCUGAAAAAACCAACUUGAGACUGACAGGCGAGUCAA